AUGGCCGUCGCCUCGACGCCGCUCGUCGCGGCACCAUCGUGCCCGGCCUGGGCGAAGCGUCGUCGCGGGUUCCCGCCGCAGUUCGACGGCAAGCCGUGCGAGCCUGCCGAGGAGGAGGACAUGUGGCUGUGCAGAGCCGACGGCCGCGCGCGCAGCACCGCCGACCUGAAGCGCCUGGCGACCGCCGCUCGGGUGCGAGCGAAACGAGCAGGAGAUGCAGCCGCCGCGAACACGCGCGAUCGGCAGGCGCGCGACCAGCGCCGCCGGCAGCGUGAGCAGCACGACCGGCGUGCAGCGCCGGCGGUCGCCAAGACCGUGCGCCCACAACGCGGCCAGUGCGGCUGCCCGGCGCACGCGGUGUGCGGCAUGUGCGUCGACCAGGGCAAGCUCGCCGCGGCCGAGCAGGCGGCCAUCGACCUGGAGACGCGCUUCCACGCCUCGACGAACGUCGUCAUGGACCUGGAGCGGCCCGAGGACGAGACGGCGGCGCUGCUGCAGCGCUGCGUGCACGUCUCCGACGAGACGAAGCGGCGGCUGCUGGGCGAGUGGAUGCGCCCCGGGUCGCAAAGCAUGCCGCGGACGGACCUGUUUGCAAAGACCGAGCGGCCGGCAAUCGCCCUCGACAGCGGCAGCAGCAGCAUCAAGAUUGGCUUCUGCGGCGAGGAGACGCCGCGUGCAGUCGUGCCGACGACGGGGUUGGAGGAGGCGAAUGGUGCCGUGCCGCUCAAGGCUGGCGUGGUUCAGGACUGGGAGGCGAUGGAGGUGUACUGGGACCACGCCUUCACCCACGCUCUCGGCGUCGACACCGAGGCGUGCCACGUCAUCACCACCGCGCACCUCUUCGAGACGAAGCUCAACAAAGAACGCAUGGCCCAGUCGCUCUUUGAGUCUUUUGCGGUGGCAGGCGUCUUCCUCUCGGCACCGCCCGUCUUCGAGCUCUACGCCGCCGGCAAAGAGAGCGGCGUCGUGCUCGGCUGUGGCGCAGAGUGCACCUAUGCGUCGACGGUGCACGGCAGGGACGGCACCGGCGCUUGGUACGGGCAGGUCGUGCUGGCUGGCGGCACGUCGACCUUGCCCGGGCUGCCGGAGCGGCUGUCUGCGGAGCUGACGCGGUACGCGCCGCACGACUCGCCGGCCAAGGUGACGGCGCUGGAGGGGCGCGAGCACGCGGCGUGGCUGGGCGCCGGCUGCGCGCGGCGGAGCGCUUCAAUCCUCGGCUCGCUGGGGGUGAUGCCGCCCAUGUGGGUCUCCAAGCAAGAGUACGACGAGAACGGGCCCCUCAUCGUCCACCGCAAAUGCUUCUGAGCGCGCACAGGGCUAUUUCGCUCUUCGUGUGUUACUGCCGCCCAGAGUCGCUCCCGUUCGCUCGAGCUCGCCAUCCCUUAUUUUCGCGACGCGAGACCUGGUUCCACCCACCGUAUUCGCGCACAUCAGAACCAACAAGAAGAAUCGCACGCGCCUUACGGGGACCA